AUUUUGCUGAUUGGGCUGCUGAUAAAAAAAAAUUACUUGCUAAAUUAAUUUCUCCUGUGCGAUUAGUUAAAUUAAAUAUCAAAAAAGAAAGAAAAAUGCUCCAAAAAAUUAGCGAGUUUUUGGGAAUAAAGGUUCAUGUGAGAAUAAUGGAAGAAAUGGAUGAAGAGGAAAUUUCGGAAAAUAGAGGGAAAAUAUCACAAGAAGUCGGCAAUUACAAAAAUAUUGAUGUGCGAAUAGUGGAAGAAAUUGAAUAA